AUGAAUUAAAAGAACAGAGAUACUCCAUCAUUUUUGAAUAAAUAUUUAAGGAAAGAUACAAAUCCCAAGAGGCCUUUUGAAUUCCAGGCUAAAAUUUAAGAAAAAUAAGAUGUAUCUCCGAUGGAAAAACAAGCAAGAAGAAAAACCAUUGAAUAAAAUUUCUCAAGUUUGGUGGAUCAAUCAGUUAGAAAAUGUACUAUUUUACCAAACUAUGAACCAUCGAAAUGUUCAUCUGGUAGAAAUGGCAUAAUUAAGGCUUAUGCUGCAAAUACAAAUUAAGGAUUAAUUAGAGAUUACAAUGAAGAUAGAGUUUCAAUAAUUUUGAAUAUAGUGAAACCAUCAGAUCGAGCAAGUGAAAAUUGGCCAAAAUGUUCAUUUUUUGGAGUCUAUGAUGGUCACGGAGGGUCUACUUGUGCUGAUUUUUUGAGAGACAACUUACAUCAAUUUGUUAUAAAAGAAUCUGAAUUUCCUUGGAAUCCAGUUGCUGCCAUUAAAAAAGGAUUUGAAGCAGCUGAGACUCACUUUUUGGCUUAUGCUUUGAAUUCCUUUUAAAAAGGUAUACCUGAGAGAAGUGGAUCUUGUGCAAUAGUUUGUUUGGUAGUUGGAGAAGUCUGUUAUGUGGCAAAUGUGGGAGACAGUAGAGCUGUAAUGAGUUCAUAGAAGGGGAAAAAAGUAACGAAUUUAUCUAUUGAUCACAAACCAGAGACUGAAAUAGAGAGGAUAUAAAAAGGAGGGGGAAAGAUAUAUCAAACCCAUGGAGUGAAUGAAGAUGGAGAAUAAAUAAUUGGACCAAUAAGAGUUAUGCCAGGGAGGUUAUCAGUGUCUCGUACUUUUGGGGAUAUUGAAGCUAAAUUGGAGUAGUUCGGAGGUAAUUCAAGAGUUGUUAUAUCAGAACCUGAAAUAAAAAUCCUUAAAUUAAACUCGGAGCAUGACUUUGUUGCUUUGGGAUGUGAUGGCAUUUUUGAUAAAUUGAGUUCAGAGGAAGUAAUUGAUAUUAUAUGGUAAGAUUUAAGAAAUAAUGAUAAAUUAAAUUUGCAUUCUCUUUUAAGUUAAUCUGUCGAUUCCGUAUUAAAGGAAGCUAUCUAUAAAAAGAGUAGUGAUAAUAUAACCUUACUGAUUGUGGCAUUUUAAGUUAACUAAAUAAAAGAGGAACUGAAAGAAUUCAGAUAUACCAUUAGUAAUUCAGUCGAUAGAAUUGAAGAUAGUUCUCAUAAUAAUAAUAGACCUAGAUUAAGUUAGCAAAUGUAAACAAGAGGUGAUGAGAACUAUUCUGGAUUCAGUAAUCAGAAUAGCAAUAAUCAAAGUACUUCAUAUUUUAAUAACAAUCAUAACAUUAAAUUAAACAUGUCAAUUAAUUUGUAAAGUAGAUUGUUUAGAUAAUUGCAAUCCAAAAAGAAUAUCUAAGAAGAAGCAAAAAGUAAAACAAAACAUAGUUAUAUUCUUUGA